GCUCCCGGAGGGCCUGCAUUUCCUGGACAAACUCAGGAUCCGCUCUAUGGUUACUUCGCUGCUGUGGCUGGACAGGAUGGACAAAUUGAUGCUGAUGAGUUGCAGAGGUGUCUAACACAGUCUGGCAUUGCUGGAGGAUAUAAACCUUUUAAUCUAGAGACUUGUCGCCUUAUGGUUUCAAUGUUGGACAGAGAUAUGUCUGGCACCAUGGGAUUCAAUGAAUUUAAAGAGCUCUGGGCGGUGCUGAAUGGCUGGAGACAACACUUCAUCAGUUUUGACAGCGAUAGAAGUGGAACAGUGGAUCCCCAGGAGCUGCAGAAAGCCCUGAUAACAAUGGGAUUCAGAUUGAACCCCCAAACUGUGAAUUCAAUUGCAAAGCGAUACAGCACCAGUGGGAAGAUCACCUUUGAUGACUACAUUGCCUGCUGUGUCAAACUGAGGGCUCUUACAGGUGUGUCCCUGAAACCUUUCAGCCUGACUAGCCUAGGAAAUUCUUUUUAUGACAUUUCUCAUUUCUCCAUGCCUCUGAACUUCCAUUCUCCCCAGUUCUUUUUAUGGUUUUAGGGGGUGCAUUAGUAG